AUGGCCCCAGAAACACCCAAAACCGCCUCCUCGAGGCUCCUGAACAUGAAGUUCAUGCAGAGAGCUGCAGCCAACAGCGCAGCCUCAACGCCAGGAUCAGACAGCGACGCGCAUUCAGCCAAGAAGCGCAAACAUGGGCACAUGUCAAAAAACGAUGCAAUCGACUUCAAAAUUGACCAGGCAUCUAUUAAGGCUGCAGUCGACGAGCGCGAGGCGAAACGGCAAGCCGCAAUUGCGCAGCACGGCGGUAACGACACACAAUGGGUGCUUGAUACAAGCAUUGCCCAACCCGCACAGAAAUCCUCCGCGCUACCUCGGAAAAUUGUCUAUGUCGGCUACGGAGACAUUGAUACUUCAGAUGACGAGGACCAGGAUACUGCAUUAGCAGGUAGGACUUCGACGUACAAGAAGAGAGCGAAUGCGAAUAAAAAAGACGAAUCACAGUCGAACGAUCAGUAUACAGACGACGACGAGGAAGAGGAGGAGGAGAACGGGGACGAUAAAGACGAUGAUGGCUCAAAUCGUCGCGGCCGCGCUCAACGCGAUGGAUCUCACGGCAAACGCGCCCGUUCAAAAUCGAGCGCGAGACCAAGUGCAGAAGCUGCAAAAGCCAAAGAGCUGCGCGACAAGCGGAGGAAGAAAGAGGUGAACAUUAAUAAGUUGACCUCGAUAUCGUCUGGGGGCGGCGUUGGAGGCGGCUCGGGUUCCAAGUCGGCCAUGACUUGCUACAAAUGCCAAAAGACGGGCCACAAGGCUGUGGACUGUUCGCAAAUAGCGAGUAAUUCGCAGCAAGUGUGGCAGGCUUGUUCCAUCAAUAACGGCGGGAACGAUUCAGGCCGUGAAGAGUCUGUCGGUAUUGGUGAACUUGAGCUAUCGUCUGUGCUAGCGAAAUCGGAGGAGGGACUGGACGCCACAUGGGUGGAUUUUCACCACAGUCUCCCGGCUUCAUCGAUCGCCGCGCUAAAAGCUGGUUCCAUCUUCGCCAGGUUUUCUGCCAUCAUCUCCGAGGCUCUUCUGACGUUCCGUCGCUCAUCCAAGACCUCGAGGAAGAUCCUGCUCCUUGUGCACUUAUCCUGA